GUCUUUGACUCGCUCAAAGGCACGAGAUGCCAGCCCUCAGCCUGAUCGCCCUGCUCAGCCUGGUGUCCACUGCUUUUGCCAGGCAGUGGGAGGUGCACCCUCCGCAGCAGCAGGGCAGGCACUGGGCGCAGAUAUGCAGCGGGAAUCCUUUCAAUAGAAUCCGGGGCUGUGACAGAUACGGCUGCGGCAAUUACGGAGCCAGCAGACAGGGUAAAGGAGAAAAGCACAAGGGCGUGGAUGUCAUCUGCACUGAUGGAUCAAUAGUGUACGCUCCCUUCAGCGGCCAGCUCUCCGGACCCAUUCGAUUCUUUCAUAACGGAAAUGCCAUUGAUGAUGGAGUCCAAAUCUCUGGGUCAGGUUACUGUGUAAAACUGGUCUGCAUUCAUCCCAUCAGAUACCACGGCCAAAUCCAGAAAGGGCAACAACUUGGAAGAAUGCUGCCAAUGCAAAAAGUGUUUCCUGGCAUUGUGUCUCACAUUCACGUCGAGAACUGCGACCAGUCUGAUCCUACUCAUCUCCUCAGACCUAUACCUGAUAUUUCACCACCAUUCCCACAACAAGAUGCUCACUGGGCUGUAGUAUGUGCUGGGAAUCCUACAAAUGAGAUAAGAGGCUGUGAUAAAUAUGGCUGUGGAUACUUUGGAGCUCCAAGGCGCAAUGGUAAAGGAGAGAAGCACAAGGGCGUGGAUGUCAUCUGUGCUGAUGGUGCAACAGUGUAUGCUCCCUUUUCUGGUGAGCUGUCUGGACCAGUUAAAUUCUUUCAUAAUGGAAACGCCAUUGAUGAUGGAGUCCAAAUCAGGGGAUCAGGCUUCUGUGUCAAACUGCUGUGCAUCCAUCCCAUCAGAUACAAUGGUAGGAUUUCUAAGGGACAAGUCCUUGGCAGAAUGUUGCCGAUGCAAAGAGUAUUUCCCGGGAUCAUAUCUCACAUUCAUGUUGAGAACUGCGAUCGCUCAGAUCCUACUAGCAAUCUUGAAAGGGGGAAAGGGAGAAAGUGAAAUGGAAGUGUAAUAAGUUCUGAAUAAAUACAUCUCAGCAUUCAAAUGCUGUUUUUGUUCUCA